AUUCAUAUUUCAUAUGUAUUGAAAGCAACAGUUGCACCUACAGACUCCGCGAUAUCCCUGCUACUUCGCUCGUUACUGCUGGCAUUGUAAAGGCGCGAGUAUGACUUCCGGGACCUCACAUGACAAGCAUGCUUCUGCAUCGCAGCCAAUGCACGAUAGCGCACCCCGUAGGACUCCUUGGAAGCUCUAUCGAGAGGAUGUUUCACGCAUUACCCAGGCGAACUACUCCGGGUCUGGCACCGACAAAGAUCCAUACGUUGUGGACUGGCUUGAUGGCGAUAAAGGGAAUCCGCAAACAUGGUCCACCGGGUACAAAUGGGCCCUUACCAUCCUCGCGUCUCUCUCCACCCUUGCCGUGGGCUUCUGCUCCUCAGCGUACGCCGGCGCCGCAGGCGACGUCAUGCUCAAGUUCGAUGUGACACCUGAAGUCGCUACGCUGGGCGUUAGCAUGUUCGUCCUGGGUUUCGCCCUAGGCCCGCUCCUGUGGGCACCCCUCUCCGAGCUGUUUGGUCGCCGCCCGCUCCUCAUCUACACCUACUUCGGCCUAACUGCGUUCAACAUCGGAUGCGCCGUCGCCCCGAACAUGCCCGCGCUGAUCGUCCUGCGCUUCUUCGCUGGCGCGUUCGGUUCUUCCCCACUCACCAACGCCGGCGCCAUCAUUGCCGACAUGUUUGACGCUAAGACCCGCGGCCUUGCGUUGUGCCUCUUCGCCUCAGCACCCUUCAUGGGUCCUGUCAUCGGACCUAUUGUCGGUGGCUUUACCGGGCAGAGCGUCGGCUGGCGAUGGGUCAUGUGGGUCAUGGUAUUUUUCACAGUCGUCAUCCUGAUCAUCUGCACUCUCUUCACGCCAGAGACCUACGCACCGGUGCUGCUGCGCAAGCGUGCCGAGGCGCUCGCCGCACAAACAGGCAAGGUGUACCGCAGCAAGUACGACAGCAAGGCGGUUUCGUUGACCCAGAUGCUCAAGACCGGCCUCACGCGCCCCUGGAUCCUGCUUAUCUUCGAGCCCAUCGUGCUCAUCCUCUCAAUCUACAUGGCCAUCAUCUACGGUGUCCUCUACAUGUUCUUCGCUGCUUUCCCCAUCGUGUUCCAUUAUGCCCGCGGUUGGAGCCCCGGGAUCAGCGGGCUGGCCUUUAUCGGCAUCGCGGUCGGCAUCAUCCUGGCCCUCGUCUACAUCCUGCUGGAUAACGCGCGCUACGUGCGAGCAGCCCAUGCGGCCGGAGGGCAUGCUCCUGCUGAGGCCCGUCUGCCGCCUGCCAUCGUCGGCGGAGUUGCGAUCGUCCUGGGGCUGUUCUGGUUCGCCUUCACCAAUUCGCCAUCCAAGCACUGGCUCAUUUGCAUCGCGGCUACAGUUCCCUUCGGCUUCGGCAUGAUUAAUGUGUUCCUGCCUUGCUUCAACUACCUGGUAGACAGCUACCUCAUCUACGCAGCCAGCGUACUUGCAGCCAAUUCCGUCUUGCGAUCCCUCUUCGGCACGGUCUUCCCGCUCUUCACUACAAAGAUGUACCGGAAUCUUGGCAUCCACUGGGCCUCCGCCGUACCGGCCUUCCUCGCCUUGGCCUGCCUGCCAUUCCCGGUCCUGUUUUGGAAGUACGGCGCUGUGGUACGGAGCCGCUGCAAGUACAGCGCCGAAGCAUCGCGCAUUAUGCAGCAGCACAUGGCAGUGUCGGUGGUAGCAAAGUCUGCUGGGGGUGAGGAAGCGAAGGGGCAAGCGAAUGCCGCGUCAGCGGAAGACAAGGUAUAGCGCGAUGUGGUAGAAUUGUUCACUGGGCGUUUGUGAGGGGUGUGGGGAGCGUCAUGGCCGGCUGGCAUGGCGCUGGAUGGGUGUGUUGGUGGGUACAAGAAGCAAAGUUGUGGGUAAGCCGGGCCCUUAGUGGGUAAGCCGUUGUUAGCGGUAUGACAGCUGUGUGGGGUAGGGUCGGCAGGGUCGGCAGCUGUCUGAAGUAGCACUGCUGCGAUAAUAAAACGUUCGUAACAAUGACAGGAAGGGUCAUGUAUGCGCGCUAUGUAUGCAUGGUUUAGGCUACAAAGUAAGAGCAGCUUUUGGCAAGUGGGAACAGGGGUGUAAUUCAUUCGUACAGUGGCAUGGGGUUGUUUGUUUGUGGGACGCUUAAGUAAGGGUACCUUGCUGGUAUGCUGGUGUUAUGGGUGUAACCAUAGCGCCCUAGCUCUUGACGCACGUAGCCAAUGCUACCGGAUAGCCUCUUGGUGCAUGACUUGAUCAACUUGUUGAACGUUUCAACCAAUGAACGAAUUGUCUUGGCGCAUAAGGUGACGAAUGAGCUGGAGGCAUUUUGCAUGCAUGAUAUAAGGAAUGUAUUUGGGAAGUAAGUUGGAACUGACUUUGU